AUGGCGGGCCCUUACUUGAACCUGGAGCCAGGAGAUUUCCACUAUGUCGUGGGCGAGUAUAAUUUCCUCGUUGUGUGGCGCCUCUGCCUUCCCGAAUGGCUCUUUUCGUGGCUUAAGUUGAGUCCUUUCAGCCAUGCUGCCUUUCGAAUCCGGUCCAGUGACCGCUUAUUCGAAUUGGGUGAGAAGACAGUCGAAGAAGCGGAGAACUGGCCGGGAAGCGAUGAUGUGUCUACUGUAUACGAAAUGCUCGUGGAUAACAUGGUUGACGAGCGAUCCAGAGACAGCAAGACUGAGGUGAGUGCUGAGAUGGCUGGUCAGAUCCUCGCUGCGACCGAGACGACCUCCUCAGCUCUCGCAUUCAUCUUUUACUAUCUUGCUAGCACACCUAGUCUGGUAGAAGCUCUAUAUACGGAGCUCCAGUCGGUAGAAGGUUACAAUGGCCUUGAGAACCUGAAGCUGCUCAAUGCCUGCAUCACUGAGGGCCUUCGUUUUCGCCCACCAGUUGCUCUAACUGGCAGUCGCGUCGUACCGCCGGGAGGGUUAAACGUUUUGGGAUAUUACCUACCAGCCGGAACCGUUGUGACCACACAAUCACUCUCACUUAGCCGACAGAGGCCAGACCUAUUCCCCAACUACGAUGAGUUCGACCCGUUGCGCUGGCUAGACACCGAUUCAGCGGUAAUCACUGAGCGUCGGCGUUACCUUGCGCCUUUCGGCCUGGGUGCUCGUCGUUGCCCAGGCGGGAAUAUGGCAUCUUACCAGAUGCGCAUGAUCUUGGCUGCUGUCAUCCGCGUGUUCCGUCUGUCAGUCGCACCCGAGACCACGCCUUUGUCAAUGGCACCAUUUGAAGCAAACGGUUUCCGUUCGCGCCAGGACGCGUGUAAUCUGAUUUUCAUACCACGGGAUCUAGACCCGCAACCUGGGCCUAGAGGAUGUGAAUGCGGCCCCAAGUGUGAUUGCAUCGAGUGUCAUUGCGUUCAUUACGAGGAGCAUUAG